UCAGCGAAGCCUGCAGCUCAGCAGGACUUGGUAGGCACUAAAAGGGGUAGUGAAGCUGUCCUUUAUUUUAUAAUCCCAAUUGUUUUGCUAGAAACCAUCAGUAGCCUCAAAAUGACUGACUCAAUUUUUGGAUCCAAUUCUCAUGACUAAGCAAGUGUUCGGUUUGAAAUCAGCCCACUAUAAAUGUCUCGGGGCCUCUCACUGUGGCUAUCCCUGGAUUUCUCUCUGUACUGGGAAGCCAGUCUAUGAACUAAACAUGUCUAAAACCCCAACAAAGAUUACUUUCUAUGAAGACAAAAACUUUCAAGGCCGCCGGUAUGACUGCGACUGUGACUGUUCGGAUUUCCACGCGUGUCUAAGUUGCUGCAACUCCAUCCGAGUGGAAGCAGGCACCUGGGCAGUGUAUGAACGGCCCAACUUUGCCGGGUACAUGUACAUCCUGCCUCAGGGAGAGUACCCCGAGUACCAGCGCUGGAUGGGCCUCAAUGAUCGCCUCAGCUCCUGCCGAGCUGUCCGUCUGCCUAGUGGAGGCCACUAUAAGCUUCAGAUCUUUGAGAAAGGGGAUUUUAAUGGUCAGAUGUAUGAGACCACUGAAGAUUGCCCUUCUAUCCUGGAGCAGUUUCACAUGCGCGAGAUCCACUCAUGUAAGGUGCUGGAGGGUGCCUGGGUCUUCUAUGAGCUACCCAACUACCGUGGCAGGCAGCACCUCCUCGACAAGAAGGAGUACCGGAAGCCCGUUGAUUGGGGUGCAGUCUCCCCAGCUGUCCAGUCGUUUCGCCGCAUUGUGGAGUCAUGAUGGGAGGGGGCCAUAGGCUUCUUCCCGCGGUCCCAAGAGAUAGCCUAAGUAAAAUCAUUGACUUGCAUGCCACUGCUGACUGUAACCACUCUCUUAAAUGCUUUUAGGGACCAGCAAUGUAGUGCCAGCCACAGCAAACAGCUCCAUAGGCAACUAACUCAUUUGUCAGAUUUCCAAAAUGGGAUGGCAUUAAACGGAU